CCUUUGAAACCUGACACGCGCUGACUCGGCAGAAACGGGGCGUAGUAUGAGGCAGAGCGGAUACCGGCGGAUCCCGGACCUCCGCGCCGCAGCAGACUGACACCCCACCGACGGUCCAGCCUCCCACAUGGCCAAAGUGAACAGCGGGUCGCCCGGCUGCCGGGCCGUGGUCAUGGCGCAGAAGUACCUGUCGACGCCCUCCGCGCCGGUGCUUCCCCGGAGCUCCGCUCAGCGGCAGCGGCGCGUGCUGGGUCCGCAGCGGCGCAUGGCCACCUCCGACGCGGCGGGCACGGGAGGAAAGCCCGCGGCUUGGGCCCAGCCGGAGCUCCCCGCGGCUCAGUCCAAAGCGGACCGGCACGGACUGUCGAACCGGAGUCUGAUCUACCGGGACGUGAAGGCCUUCCUGAACGAGGUCGGCGGAGACCCCCGGGAGGCCCGGUACUGGCUGACCCACUUCCAGCGGACCAGCUCGGCUCAGUCCCCCGCCUUCGCAGUGCUGGAGGUGGACAGCUCCUCCUUCAGCAGCCGGGAGCUGGUCCAGAGUCUGGCCUUCGGCCUGUCCUUCCUCCAGCGGAUGGACAUGAAGCCCGUGGUGGUGAUGGGCUCCUCCGAUCGGCAGGACGGCGGGCUCGCCCAGCCGACGGCGGGGUCCUGCUGCAGCCGGCGAGUGGUGGAGCAGUGCCAGCAGCUGACCGAGGCUCUGCAGCAGCACUCGGCCACCGUCCUGCCUUUCUUCUCCGCAGAGUCAUUCCUCAUGCUUCAUGAAGCGCCUCAAGGAAGCAGCGCGCCGUCCUUCAUCGCCGUGGACCCCAGCCUGCUCCAGUGGAGUCUGGACUGCGGGACGAUCCCGCUGGUGUGCCCGGUGGGGAAGGACGCGCACGGGUGCUCUGUGAUGCUGGACCCCACCGAGGUGACGGCGGCCAUCUCUCGCGUGCUGCAGCCGUGCAAAGUCAUCUUCCUGAACAGCUCUGGAGGGCUGCGCAACCAGGAGCACAAGGUGCUGGGCACCGUCUCUCUGCCCACUGACUUGCCCAGCCUGUCGGUGGCGAAGUGGCUGAGCGCCGCCGAGCGCCGCCGGGUGACCACCAUCGCCAGGUUCCUCAGCCAGCUGCCCACCGAGUCGUCCGCCGUCAUCACCUCGGCCGACACGCUGCUGACCGAGCUGUUCAGCCACCGGGGAUCGGGAACGCUCUUUAUAAAUGGAGACCCCAUACACCGGUACACCUCUCUGGACGGGAUCGACGUCGACCGUCUGCUGGCUCUCAUCAACAGAUCCUUCGACAAGACCCUGAAGCACGACUACACCGACUCGCUGAGGGGACGGCUGCACUCCGUCUACCUGUCUGAAGGCUACAACGCGGCGGCCAUCAUCACCACGGAGCCGGUGAACAGCGGCACUCCCUACCUGGACAAGUUUGUGGUGAGCAGCAGCAAGCAGGGCCAGGGCACCGGGCACAUCCUGUGGGACUGCAUCCGCCAGGACCUGGGCAAACUGUUCUGGAGGUCCCGAGCCAGCAACCGCAUCAACCCCUGGUACUUCAAACACUGUGACGGCAGCUUUGCUAACGGCGUCUGGACCGUCUUCUGGUUCGGCCUGACGGACAUCAGAGAUUCCUACGAGCUGGUGGAAUAUGUCAAGCACCUCCCCGACUCGUUCCUCAGCUCGCCGGCGGACUCGUCCAAGCAGCCUCGGCCACCCGGCGCGGGAUCUUGAACCGUCGCUCCAGUUCUUAGGUUUUCUCUUUCCUGGAACCAGAGCUACUGAGUUGAGGACAGUUUCAUAAUUGCAACUAUAAAUAAUCCCCUAUUUAUAAAACUGGAUGUAGCUCCAAGCAAAAACAAACAAACAAACAAAAAAAAAAACAGAACUUGAGAAAACGUCCACACCAGGCCUUGAAUUGAAAAGGUAACUUUUCUAAUGUGAACGCAAAAUGGUCAAAGUAGUCUUUAUUUUCUUAAACCUGUGGACCAGAAACACACACCUGCAGCGUUCAGGUCUGUCACCACGCUGACAGAGAGUUUGCACAUGGAGGGAUCUGUUACUCCUACCGUCUCCAAGGAAUGAACAUUUCUAUUUUUUUGUGGCUGUGGGGAUUUUUUUUUUCUUUUUUGAAACGCUGCUGGUGUUGUAGUAGUGAGCUGGAUUUUGACCCACGGCGAGCCCCUCGGAGACGACUUGUAUUUUUCAGUAACUGAUGAGGAAACAGCGGCGUUUACAAAGUUUAAACUUUCUUCCACUCCUUACAUGAAAGUUUAUUUUAUAAUUGAACUAAAGUUCAAAGUAAAGAACUGGAUGUUUCCUCUUCGACUCCGAUGUCAAACAUUUCUGCUCAACCUUUUUUUUUUUUUUUUUUUGUGGGGGGGUUGGUAGACUUAUUAAAUAAAAUGUGAAAGAAGUGAGUUUUUCUGCUUCUUUUUCCAACAUUACUUCAGCACUCACUCUCUGUUCUUCAGUAUUACUGUGACUUUUUCUUUUGUUUUACUCAAAAGGUCAGAUUACAUAUGUGACAAGCUGCUGAGUUUUGUCUGGUAAUUACAAAUCUGAGUCGUGUCCCGCUGCUUUCUAAUGAUUAGGAACUUUCUAAAUACAGCGUGAGAAGUGUGCAUGCAGGAUAUGAGUGAAAGGGUUCGUAGAACGGCUGUUUGCUGUUAUCAGGCAGACGCUGAACGAUAACUUCCCCUGGAGGAUCCCCAAAUAUUCUGAGCUGUAUUAAACAUGGAGGAUGUGGCAGCUUCUGAAAGAGGCUGAAAUAUCUGUGCAAGGAAUAAAAACUACAUUCAAUGAAGUCUUUUUUUUUCUUCCCAUUUUUCUAGUUUUUCAUCAUAUUGGAGUGCUCUUUUUUAAUUCCAUGAUUUAUUAAUAUAAUCUCUGAGUAAAAGAGAUGAGGUGUUUGUGUUUACUGGAAAUGGGGUUAGAACUGGACGGCUUGGCCGUCAUUGUGCAGAUUUUGGUUGCAGAAUAAAUAAAACUUUGCACCUG